UUAUAUUCUGUAAGUGUAUUAUAACAAUGUCAACACUCAACAUUUCAGAAUUCAGAUGAACCGAUUACAGAAGUGAAGUAUUGAAUUGUCAAUUUUUAUUCUUCAAUCAGUGAAUUUCUAUAUUCAUAAUAAUCUGUUUUUUCAAAUCUUACUAAUUAGAUUCGACUUGAAUGUUUAGUUGGAGAUUGAAAUUACAGAAUGCAAUAUAGCAACGAUGAAUCCUAUACACGGCUUAUAAGCCAUAAUAUGACUGUACCUCAGAGAAUCAAGGCUACGGGAGAAUUUGCGGACGAUGAUAAUACUCCUAAUGGACAUGUUACAGGAUGGGAUUAUGAUAAUGAAAAAUUUGACAUGAAAGUGCCUGAGAGAAUACUUGUUAUGGGUCAAGAUCAACACAUGGGAACUAAAGCUCCUCCUAGAGAAAUACAAUUAGACAAUGCAGUUCUCCCAACUGAUCCUGGAAUGGUGCGUGUCAGUACACCACCUCGUGUUAUAACCUUGGAUCAGCAUUACUUUCCAUCUGCUGACGACUAUCCAACUGGAGUACCCAACUCUCCACCAAGAAGCGUGCACACCAUACGUGCUUUGGAGGGCGUGCAACCACUUGCUUCACACAAUGAUCAUUUCAAUGAGUCCACGAUGACCGAAUCCCAAAUUGUUUUAAGAGACCCAACUCCACCCAUGGCUAAUGGAGAAGGACUUUCUGCAUCAGAAGAACUGGUCCAUCUGAGAAGGCAAAUAAUUAAACUUAACAGACGAGUCAUGGCCAUAGAGGCUGAACAACUUCAAAGACAACAAAAAGAAAAAAUUGCUUAUGCAAUAAGUAUUGCUUACAUACUGUUCAAAGUUAUGGCAUGGUUAAAUAGGUCUUAAUUUUUACAGGAAACAGUUCACUAAUAGUAAGGUGAAUGUUUAGAUUUACCGUUGACUUAAUUCAGUGGAAGAUGACCAUUGUGCGAAUGAAAUAUAUGAUGUUAUUGUCAUUCCCUGUAGAAAAUGUUGAAAAGUGAAGUGUUAAUUAUUCCUAAUUUAUGAAAUCACUUUAGAACUUAGGUACAUUCUUUUUAUAUUAUAAUGCUAUUUGUUGUACAGUGAACUUUGAUAUGUUGUUGAUCUACUAUCCUGGUAGGAAGAUAUUUAAAUGGAAUGUUAAUUCUUUUUCUCUAAACUAAACAUAUUAGCAGCAGGUGUUUUUUAUUUCAAUAAACAAUACCACAAACUCUCAA